AUGGCUACAAAUACUACCAAACCCAUACAUAGUCUUAUCAUUGACGCAGGACCAAUUAUUAAGAAUGACCCUUCAGUCUCUACGCUUCUUGGCCAAGCAGAAAACCUUUAUACAAUCCCCCUCGUUAUCGACGAAAUCAAAGAUGCCGUUACAAGAGCCAGAUUCGAGACCACAUUGUUACCUUUUCUCAAAUUAAGAGCGCCUAGAUCAGCUAGCAUUAAAGUUAUAACUGAAUUCGCGCGGAAAACGGGUGAUUUGGAAGUACUCAGCAGACAAGAUAUUCAUUUGAUGGCUUUAGCAUAUGAGCUUGAAUGUGAACGAAAUCACGGAGAUUGGAGACUACGAAGUGUACCAGGACAAAAGAGAUUAAAUGGAGCACCUCCCGCAUCUUUAAGCGGCGAAAGACCUGCCGAUGCCACAGAAGCACCACAAACAUCUACAGAUGCCGCGGCGCAACCAGCAAUCGAAACCAGAGGCGCAUGGGGAACAUCAAUACCUCAAGCAACAGAAGAAUCUAAAGUGGAGACAAAGCCCAUUGAGGAGGCAUUAGAGGCUACCCAUAUAUCAACAGCCGAUGAGGCAGAGAGCGCAGAGAAACCAGUAGAGGAUGGAGUCACAGAAGAACAAACCCAAGAACCAACUUCCACAACAGAACCCGAAACCAUUCCAGAAACAAUAGAAGAAGUUCCCGCCUCCGAAUCCGACGCCGAGUCCGACGGCGAAGGCUGGAUCACCCCCUCCAACCUAAAAAAGCACCAACAAAAAGACACAAACUCCUCCUUCUCCCCCCAAGAAGAAUCCAAAACCAUCCAAGUAGCAACCAUCACCACCGAUUACGCCAUGCAAAACGUCAUGUUACGCAUGAACCUCAACCUCCUCUCCCCCUCUCUCCAACGCAUCCGCCAGCUCAAAACCUGGGUUCUAAGAUGCCACGCCUGUUUCUCCAUCACUCGAGAAAUGACCCGACAAUUCUGUUCCCGCUGCGGCAAACCUACUCUCCUCCGUACCUCCUGCUCAACCGAUAAAGACGGAGUGUGUCCCCAAACCAGUUGCCGGGACGGCGAAUGGAAAGAAUAUCAAAGGGGUGGUAAAGGAGGAUGGGGUAAUGAUUUGAUCUUGGCGGAAGAUCAAAAAGAAUACGUGAGAGAAAUGGCAACGGAAAAGAGGCGCAAGGAAAAGGAUCUUAUGGACGAAGAUUAUCUACCCAGUAUCUUGACGGGAGAUCGUGGAAGAGCUGGUGGAAGACCAAAAGUUGGAGCGGGCAAGAAUGUCAAUUCAAGGAAACGACAUUAG